AUGGGGGAGGCUGCCGGUGGGCAGCGGCUGGGGCCGAGAGAGGCGCUGGGUGCUGCGAGAGCCCUGUCGUGCUGCCUGAGGCAGCCACUGCGCCUGCUGGGUGAGGAGAGAAGAAAGGCAAGGUGGCAAGGAGGGCAGGAGCAAAGCCAGCCACCAGCGAUGGCUUCCUCGGCGCGGCCAAGCCUGCCGCAGGGCCUGGAGGGCAGAGGGAGAUGGCGUCGCUAUCCCGGUCCUGCAUCGCCUUCCCAGCCCCUGCGGGGGUCCCAAGAAAUGGCAAAUGGGAGAGCAGUUUAUGAUCCAGAUGAAGAUACUGAAUGGAAUGAUAUACCGAGACAUUUUGGAAUUCUUCCUCCAAAAGAAAAAUCGAAACAUGAAGUUGAAGAAAUGAUUUUAUACUUGCAGAAAGAAGCAGAAGUGAAACCAUAUGAAAGAACGAAUCUUGAAGAAUUGAAGGAAGCUAAAGAUGACUUUGAUGAGGCUGAUAGCAAAGCUAUUGAAAUGUAUAGGCAGCAAUGCUUCCAAGAAUGGAAAUGCCUUCAGAGAACGCAGAAGUCUGGGCAAGUACGAGAAAUUCAUGGAGAGCAGUAUGUAAAGGAAGUUACGAAUGCUCCAGAGGAUGUUUGGGUUAUAAUUAAUCUUUAUUGGUCAAGCACCCCAAUAUGUUUACGGGUUAACAAACAUCACAGCCUGCUAGAGAAAUUUCCAGAAGUCAAGUUUCUCAAAGCCGUUGUAAACAGCUGCAUUCAGAAUUACCAUGACAGAUGUUUACCCACAAUUCUUGUAUAUAAUACUGGUGAAAUAAAAGGCAGGUUCAUUGGAGUAGCUGAAUGUGGAGGAAUAGAUCUUAAAGUGGAAGAGUUCGAAUGGGAACUAGCAGAAGUUGGAGCAAUAAAAAAACCUACAGAAGAAAAACCCAAAAAGGACAUUAUGGAUAUGAUGACACCAUCGGUGCGAAUAGAAAUAUUUCUAUGUGAUAUUUCUGCUUAUGAAGACAUCAAUACAAAAAGCAGUGAUGUGAUGAAAUGA